UUGUGCAGCGGUUGCUGUAGAUCAGAGAGCGCGUGGAAACGGGAGUCCGCUUGCAUACCUUGGCUCUUUCGACCAUCACCAUACGAGUUUAAUCAAAACAACUGGAGCUACUGCAGAUUACUGGCGCGAGCCCAGCAAACUACUCCGAACAGCACUAUUAUUGCGCUUCAACAGCUCGGGAGCGCUGCGCGAGGGGCGGCGGCAGCUCAGCCUUUUCACAUCCAAACAAGCAGCAGACACCUGCCUACGCAUUUCAGAGUGGAUUUAAAAACGAAAACACACACCACCUUUCAAGUUGAAAACUCUUCUGUAUGGAUUUUUUAUAAUGAAUUUCAGAGUGUACGUAACUCUUUAUUGCGCUAUCUACGUGCUUACUGCUGUUGCAAAGGAGAUUGAAAUUAUCGAGAAACGAGGCGUGCUGCCCCGCUGUGCCGCGCCUCUCUUCCCGGUCGAUGUGCUCCUCCUGCUGGACAGCUCGAGCAGUGUCACGGCCUGGGAGUUCUCUCAGUUCCUGUCUCUGCUCAUGCGGCUGUCCUCCGCGCUCCCUGUGGGUCCUGUGCAGGUGGGGCUGCUCUCCGUCUCUGACUUCCCAGUACUGGAGUUCCGCAUCGGGCAGCACCAGACAGCUGCGGCCCUGCAGGGGUCCUUGGGGGUCCUGCGGCAGAGGGGGGGAGACACGAACUCAGGCCUGGCUCUGGAGUGGGCGCGCCGGCAGGGCUUCGCCCCAGGAUGGGGUUCGAGGGCCGGGGCACACAGGGUGGUGCUCUGGAUCACUGACGGCAUGUCCACAGAUGAGGUGGAGCUGCCCGCCAGGCUGCUGAAAGAGGCCGGAGUCAGAGUGCUGCUGGUCUCCACAGGCAGGUCUGACCACGGCAUCCGAACCGUCGCCUCGGACCACUCAUCCAUGUUCUUCACAGACACAGACAACCUGCCCGAGAUUUCAGUGCAACUCUGUGAGGCCAUCGUGGGCUCUGAUUCACAGUCUACAGGCUUGUCCGUGUUUGACAUCCAAUCAGAAACCGCCUCUGUGUCCUGGCCUCGCUUCCUGAUUGGCUCAGAGGGUCGUUACAUCCUGGAGGUCACUUCCUGGUCCGCUGGUAGGCAGUCGCGCGUGUAUCAGGAGCUUCACUGGGAGAGUCACGGCGCCACCCUGAGGAACCUGCAGGCAAACACUCCCUACUGGCUCUCAUUGACCAGCACUUCCUCCUCCCAGGGGCAGAGGGUGCUGUGGGGAAACUUCACCACUACAGCCCUGCCUGGCGCGGCUGAGACACUGCCAGUCUCUUCUAACUUGACAGCUUCUUCUGCAAAUGUUAGAGAGAAAGGGAACAAUCCAAACACACUGACUGACAAGACACCUGCAGUCUCUUCUAACUUGUCAGCUUUUUCUGUAAAUGUGAGAGAGAAAGGGAACAAUCCAAACACACUGACUGACAAGAAACCUGCAGUCUCUUCUAACUUGACAGCUUCUUCUGCAAAUGUGAGAGAGAAAGGGAACAAUCCAAACACACUGACUGACAAGAAACCUGCAGUCUCUUCUAACUUGUCAGCUUCUUCUGCAAAUGUGAGAGAGAAAGGGAACAAUCCAAACACACUGACUGACAAGAAACCUGCAGUCUCUUCAAACUUGUCAGCUUCUUCUGCAAAUGUGAGAGAGAAAGGGAACAAUCCAAACACACUGACUGACAAGAAACCCACAGACUUUUCAAAGCUGUUAAAUUUGAAAGAGAAUGCAAACCAGGUGAACGCACUGACUGAAAAGAAACCUGCAGCUUUUUCUGCAAAUGUGAGAGAGAAAGGGAACAAUCCAAACACACUGACUGACAAGAAACCUGCAGUCUCUUCUAACUUGCCAGCUUCUUCUGCAAAUGUGAGAGAGAAAGGGAACAAUCCAAACACACUGACUGACAAGAAACCUGCAGUCACUCUUAAUUUGUCAGUUUCUUCUGCAAAUACGAGACAGCCUGGAAGAUAUCCAAACACACUGACUGACAAAACACUCACAGCCAGGCCCGCUAGCCCUCGCUCCCUCAUCCUCUCUUUCCCCUCCUCCCCUCGCUCUGUCUCUCACUAUCAGGUGAUCUUUGGAGUCUUGCCCCGCGGUGAGGGUGGGACAGUGGGGUCAGGGGUCACUGUGGGGUCGUUGCAGGUCAAGGGGGAGCAGCAGGGGGUGUGGCUGACCCAGCUGAGGCCAGACACUGCUUACCUUAUCACUGUGACCGCCCACUACAGAGGUGGGGGGCAACAGCCAUUCUCAGUGACCGCCAGGACCUGGUCAGAAAGGCUCUCCUCCCCGCAGCACUUGAUGCUGACUGAUGUCACUUCCUCCAGUCUAGUGGCUUCCUGGGCGGAGCCAGAGGAACAGGAAGUGAGGCAGUACAAAGUGCGGCACAUCGACUCGAGUGGAAAGAUCCAGGAGCACUCGCUGCCGGGUCACGUGAGGACGGUGUACCUGCGUGACCUCGCGCCGCGCUCUGCACACGUCAUCUGCGUGUCGGCGCUCUAUAAACACGGGCGCAGCGCGGAAACCUGUGCCAAGAAAAGGACUUUGCCAGCUCCAGUCAAUAAGAGAAGACACAUUCCUUACAGACUCUGCGCGCCUUACUUCAAAUGCAAGUGCUGACACCCCCUGUCACAAUGGAACUGAGCUCUUCUGCAGAGGAGUACCACACCCCCCUCACCCCCGAAAUUGAAACUCAAAUCCAGUGUCAUCCCAGCGAGGACGGCGGCCGUGCAGGCUCCCCUGCCCUAUAGCUUGUACAGGAGGCUGACUGGUUUCCUGAGCUUAUGUACUGACACAGAAGGAGACUGCAGGCUGGUGUCUGGCUGCACUGUGGUUUGUGCACCCUGCUGACCCCAGGAGCCACAAUGGCACCGGUGUAUAAAUACAGACACACAGACAGACACUUCCCCCCCAUUGGGAUAGCUGGCUGGAGGGGGGCCUAUAUUUUGUGUCUUGUAGAAAUGAUAUUUUUUUCCAAAAAAAGAUGACUGAUAUAUCACAAAACAGGCUGUGGUUUACCCCUCUCUCUCCCCCGCUUUCUCUAUCUCUCUUCCCGCUAUCUGUCUCUCUUUGCUAUAACAUGGGCUGCUUAUAAAAACUACCUCCCUCUCCCUCUUUUCUCCAUCACUCUGCCCCUUAAUCUUUUUCUCUUUUCUAUAGCUUGUGACUUAUUAAAACAUUACCUCUCCCUCUUUCAUGUUCUCCAUCUGUCUUCAUCUCACCUGUCUUCCUCCCUUUUUCUCUCUGUCCACCUCUCUUUGUCUCUUUGCUACAGCUGGUGCCUGUUCUAAAAACUAAAAGUGAGGGCAUAGUGAUAGAAAAUGAACAGCAAUGCUGAUUAUCAAACCCUAUUGCCUUUGUCUUCUCAAUGGGGGAUUGUGCAGUAUGCUGUGUCUGUGAGCAUCUGAUUGUCAUUCCUUCCCCUCGUACACCAGCCUGAUCUAGACAUGACAUUACUGACUCCCAUCACACACCAGCCUGAUCUAGACAUGACAUUCCUGACUCCCCUCACCCACCAGCCUGAUCUAGACAUGACAUUCCUGACUCCCCUCGCACACCAGCCUGAUCUAGACAUGACAUUCCUGACUCCCUCACACACCAGCCUGAUCUAGACAUGACAUUCCUGACUCCCAUCACACACCAGCCUGAUCUAGAUAUGACAUUCCUGACUCCCCUCGCACACCAGCCUGAUCUAGACAUGACAUUACUGACUCCCUUCGCACACCAGCCUGAUCUAGACAUGACAUUCCUGACUCCCCUCAUCCACCAGCCUGAUCUAGACAUGACAUUCCUGACUCCCCUCGCACACCAGCCUGAUCUAGACAUGACAUUCCUGACUCCCACACACACCAGCCUGAUCUAGACAUGACAUUCCUGACUCCCCUCACACACCAGCCUGAUCUAGACAUGACAUUCCUGACUCCCCUCACACACCAGCCUGAUCUAGACAUGACAUUCCUGACUCUCCUCACACAUCAGCCUGAUCUAGACAUGCCCCUCCCCUCCCCUCCCUCCCUCCCUCCCUCCCUCCCUCCCUCUCUCUCUCUCUUCUCUCUCUCUCUCUCUCGUUCUUGGCAGUGUUUCUUUGGAUCACCAUCUGGUUCUUGAGAUUUUUUUGUUUUUCUCAUUUCUGAUGGUUUUAUAUAUAAUAAAAAGAAGAUGAGGGAACUGUCUCAGGAGGAAAUGAAGUCUGAAACAAAAAGGAAAGAAAAAAGAGAGUAAGGGGAGAAGAGAGGGAAGGGAGGGGGAGAGGAGAGACGGAGGAGAGUGUACAGGGACUUGGUAGUAUAGUUCAGUGUAGUUUAGAAUAGUGUAGUUUAGUAAGAGAACAUAAUCAAAUAGGAUAGAACAACAGAAUCGAAUAGGAUAGAACAGAACAGAAUUGAAUAGGAUAGAACAGAAUCGAAAAGGAUAGAACAGAACAGAAUCGAAUAGGAUAGAACAGAAUUGAAUAGAACAGAAUCGAAUAGGAUAGAACAGAAUAGGAUAGAACAGAACAGAAUUGAAUAGUAUAGAACAGCCCAGAAUUGAAUAGGAUAGAACAGAAUCAAAUAGGAUUGAACAAAACAGAAUCGAAUAGGAUAGAACAGAACAGAAUCGAACAGGAAAGAACAGAAUCUAACAGGAUAGAACAGAACAGAAUCGAAUGGGAUAGAAUAGAACAGAAUUGAAUAGGAUAGAACAGAACAGAAUCGAAUAGGAUAGAACCGAACAAAAUCAAAUAGGAUAGAACAGAAUCUAAUAGGAUAGAACAGAACAGAAUAGGAUAGAACAGAACAAAAUCAAAUAGGAUAGAACAGAAUCUAACAGGAUAGAACAGAACAGAAUCGAAUGGGAUAGAAUAGAACAAAAUCAAAUAGGAUAGAACAGAAUCUAAUAGGAUAGAACAGAACAGAAUAGGAUAGAACAGAACAAAAUCAAAUAGGAUAGAACAGAAUCUUAACAGGAUAGAACAGAACAGAAUCGAAUAGGAUAGAACAGAACAAAAUCAAAUAGGAUAGAACAGAAUCUAAUAGGAUAGAACAGAACAGAAUCGAAUAGGAUAGAACAGAACAAAAUCAAAUAGGAUAGAACAGAAUCUAACAGGAUAGAACAGAACAGAAUCGAAUGGGAUAGAAUAGAACAGAAUUGAAUAGGAUAGAACAGAACAGAAUCGAAUAGGAUAGAACAGAAUCGAAUAGAAUAGAACAGAAUCAAAUAGGAUAGAACAGAACAGAAUCAAAUAGCAUAGAACAGAAUCAAAUAGGAUAGAACAGAACUGAACAGAACAGAAUCGAAUAGCAUAGAACACGACAGAAUCAAAUAGGAUAGAACAGAAUCGAAUAGGAUAGAACAGAACAGGGUAGAAUAGAACAGAAUCUAAUACAGUAGCAUUUAGGUUAGAAUAGAAAUGUUUAUUUUUUUUAAAACAUUAACAGCCCAUAUUUACAUGUGAACAAAAUGUUAACGGUAUAAAACUAGCAGUUACUGAUGCUUCUUCUGCUAGUUUUGCAAUUUUGAAAAUGGUUUUAAAGGUGACAACACUCUGCCCCCUAGUGGAUGUGACAAACACAGCAUUCGUAUAUUUUACUGAAUUUCUGCUCUUUUUUAGACUUUGUUUGAAUGCAAGGAUUUUACAGAUUUAGUUUUGUACCUGGUGUAGCAGAGAAUAACCCAGCUUGACGUAUUCUGGGGUGUGAAGGAGGAAAUAAACUCACGGAACAUGCAGAAUAUAA